AUGAAGAAAGCAGAAGGAGGACAAGUUGUGGAGGAUUUCAUUGCACUCCCGAAAGGACCCAAAUCCGACUGGCGGGCAUCCGACUUUGAGUUGCUGCACAAACUUGGAGGAGGCAAUUACGGGGAUGUUUAUCUUGCCUCUGUUCGUGAUUGUAACUUUGUCUGUGCUAUUAAGAAAUUAUCUAUUAAGAAACUUGCAGAGUUUGACAUUGUUACCCAAUUACGACGGGAAAUUGAAAUUGCCUUCCAUACCCGGCAUAAAUAUCUCUUACGCACAUAUGGAUACUUUUUUGAUGAGACAGACAUUUAUCUUAUUCUAGAACCCUGCAGUAAUGGGAUGCUCUACACAGAGUUGAAUCGGGUGAAGUGUUUUCCACCUCCCACCGCCGCACGGUAUGUGGCCCAACUCGCAGAGGCACUUCUUUAUCUUCACCAACAUCAUAUUCUUCACCGUGAUAUUAAACCAGAAAAUAUUCUCUUGGAUCACAAACAAAAUAUUAAACUCGCAGACUUUGGAUGGUCUGUACAUGAUCCCAACAAUCGUCGAAAAACAUCUUGUGGUACGCCAGAGUAUUUCCCACCAGAAAUUGUUGGCCGCCAGGCGUAUGAUAUGAGUGCAGAUCUCUGGUGUCUUGGUAUUUUCUGCUAUGAGUUAUUGGUUGGAAAAACACCUUUUGUGGGUAAAGAUACUGAACAGAUAUGUAAAAAGAUUCACUCCAUGCAGUAUGCAAUUCCAGAUACAAUUCCACCAGAAGCGAAGGAUUUAAUUUCAUCUCUUUUAUUACGAGAUGGGACAAAACGAUUGGGACUACAUCGUGUUGUAAAUCAUCCGUUUCUACUCAAGUAUUAUUAUUUGCCAAAUGGAAUAGAGCCGCCUACUGGCAAACGUACACGUGGUGUUGCGGAAAAUACUGGUGGAAAAGAAAACUAA